UAUGAUUCCCAAUUUUGAAAAUUACAGCUGAGAUACUGGAGUGUGACGGGUACGUUUAUUUAGAACCUUUCAAAAUAUUUCCCGCCGACCAGUUUGUUGUAGUGGAAAGAAAUGGUGCAGAUAAUACGUUGACAGAGACGGAGGGGCCUACAAGCAGUGCGUCCAGCCAGCCCACCCCCUCCGUUACUCCUCUGUCAAACAUGUGCACCACGCCUGGCAACGUGGGCACAGGAUUUGGGUAUGCUUGGUCCUUUGGUGGACCUGGAGCAGAAACCCGAGAAAAUGCACAGGGUGAACUUACUACAAACAUUAGUUAUGCUGUGAAUAAUAAUCAGGACCAAGGAUCCAGUCAGAAGAUACAGGUUGACAUCAAACCAACUAAAGUUGCCAAUAGCACACAUCGUAGGCCGAUGUUCACUAUGAAUGAAACUUGUCAACAGACCCCAACAACCCAUCAUACAGCUGGAGCUCAUAAUCAAACGCAUGGCACACAUGUACGUACUAAGAAGCAUCAUGAUGUAUUUUCAUUAACGUGUGACAAGGGAGGUUGUAAUUGUGAUGCAGCACAUGCAACACCGCCGCCAUCUCUCUUUUCAAAUACUUUAGUUUUUACUACAGCUGACAAACACGCCAUGAGUAAGCAUUUCAUGACACCUAUUGGACCACUACAACUAACGGCAGAAGAGUGCAAUGAAAUUUUAAUGAAAAGAGCGGCAGCUGCUUCGAACCAAGCCAAUGUAAACAAUGUAGCAACAAGUCAGACAGAUAGCACGGCUCAUUUUGGACAUGUUUUAACACAUGUAAAUACCACUCAAAUUGAAACAAAGGUCAAGCAACAAGAUAUGGGAAGUCAAGUUAGAGUACCAAAAGAAAGGCCAUAUUCUUGUUCGGAAUGUGGAAAGUCAUUCCUUUUGAAACACCACCUUACGACACAUGCAAGAGUACAUACAGGAGAACGACCUCAUGUAUGCGUUCAUUGCGGCAAAAGUUUUGCACACAAACAUUGUCUUCAUACUCACUUGCUACUUCAUAGUGCCGAUCGACCAUACCAAUGCAGAGAAUGUAAAAAGUCUUUUACACUAAAACAUCACCUUGUAACGCACACGCGAGUACAUACGAGAGAUCGACCAUUUGUUUGUCAAGAGUGCGGAAGAUCAUUCCCAUUGAAACGUCAUUUAGUAACGCAUAGUAAAUUCCACUCAGGAGAGAGACCUUUCGUUUGCGAAGAAUGUGGGGAAUCAUUUUCUCAGAAGGAUCAUUUGACAAUGCAUUCGCGCUUCCAUGGCAGUUUACAUCCAUUUGUUUGUCACGAUUGUGGAGCAACCUUCCAAAGGAAGUUUGAAUUAGUGAAUCAUGGUCGUUUGCACGGCAGAGUUCCACAUUCGUGUACUGUUUGUGGGAAAGAAUUUCUUCAAAAGAGAACACUUCUAGCGCACAUGCGUUUACAUACAGGAGAAACUCCAUUUGCCUGUACUGUUUGUGGGGAAGCAUUUCCUCGGAAAACGGACCUGGUGACGCACUCAAAAAUACAUAACAAUAAUACGAAUACAGAUGAAAAAUCCCUUAUGUGCAGGGAAUGUGGAUUGGACUUUCCAAACAGAGAAGCUCUUACAUUGCACUUAAGGUUACAUUCUGGUGAUCGUACUCUUGUUACGGAUCUGUGUGGGUUAGCAGCUGCGUUCCAACAAACUCCUGGACAUUUUCUGACACCGAAUACCCCUGGAACUCAUCAGAUGAAUGGUCCCAUCGGAAAUCCCGGUGUCAGUCAUAUGCAUGGCGCGACGCAAACAUCACCACCUGUAGGAACAGGUCCGAAACCAAAACCACAUGUUUGUCCCGAUUGUGGUCGUGGUUUCGCGCAGAAGCAUGGUUUAUCUCAGCAUCAAAGACGCCAUACGGAUGGUAGCUGCCACAUAAGAUCGCACGUGUGCGAUAAAUGUGGGAAAGCGUUCUAUCAGAAGAAUCAUUUGUUAUUACAUCAACGCCAACACAUGGAUCCCCCUCCCAGUAUACUUCGGCAACAACAGAGACAAGCUGCGCAAGCUGCUGCACAGCAAGCACAACAACAACAGCAGCAACAGCAGCAGCAGCAGCAAGCCCAGCAACAACAGGUACAACAACAACAAGUGCAGCAGCAGCAGCAACAAGUGCAACAACAAGUGCAACAGCAGCAGCAGCAACCUCAACAGCAACAAACAACAUGCACUGUAGAUACAAAAACAAUACAACUUCAAGCGAUACAACAAGUACAACAACAAGUUCAACAACAGGUACAGCAGCAGCAACAACAGCAGCAACAACAGCAACAACAACAACAACAAGCGUGCUCUGUGGACACUAAAGCAAUACAAUUAAAUGUCACUAUG